UGAUGAUGUGUCUGCAGGAAACAGUAUCCAGCUGUUCUGACUUCCGCUUCAGAGCCGAGCGAGCGAGAGACAUCGGUCAGGACCGGUUCGGAUCGUACACCGUCAGCGGGACAACAGACGCGGUUCUUCUACACGGGAAUCCACGAAAGCAAGCUCUCAGAGAGGGAGCCAGAGCGGGAGGAGCAUUUCGAUCCCAGCAUGCCCCCUAAAUUUAAACGGCAUCUGAAUGAUGAUGAGGUCACCGGCUCCAUUCGCAGUGAGCGGAGGAACCUUCUAGAGGAAGACUCGGAUGAAGAGGAGGACUUUUUCCUGAGAGGCCCAACAGGACCAAGAUUUGGAGGACAAAAUGAAAAAAUUAAACAGGUGCAGUCUCAGGUUGAUGAGGUCAUUGAUGUCAUGCAGGAGAACAUCUCCAAAGUGAUCGAACGUGGGGAACGGCUGGAUGAGCUGCAGGAUAAAUCUGAAAGCCUUUCGGACAAUGCAUCAGCAUUCAGCAGUAGAGCCAAGCAGCUCCACAGAAGGAUGUGGUGGAGAGACAUGAAGAUCAAAAUGAUUAUAGCAUUGGUGGUUGUCAUCCUUCUCCUCGUCAUAAUCAUUCCUGUGAUCCUGCGGAAUCGCUAGUGUCUGGCCGGGAGGUUAGAGGCAUGAUGUACUCUUCCUCCCUCCUUUCCCUCAUCUCUCUGCUGCCAUUCCUCCAUACCAGAGGGGGCGCUGCACAGAGUUGGGCUGCCAACUGUAUUUGCCUAUUUUGGCAGGGUCUGGAAACAUAACAAACAGGGGCAGAGUUCAAUUUGUACGUGUAUGACAACACAACAUAUCAAGCUCUCAAAAUGAAGGCACAACACUGGUGCAGACCAAUCUCUUGUAUGCGCACAAACACAAUGGUUAUUUUGUUGUAUAUGCAUUCAGAAAUUCAAAACUUACUAUACGCAAUGAAACAUGGAUUAAAAAUUGUAGUGGUGGUAUAUAGUUCUAGUUAAUUAGACGUUAGAGCCGUUCUGCUUAUACCAUGAUACCCAUGUAUAACAAAAAAUCUGAAUCCAUUUCCAACAUAGGUAGGUCUAUGAAAAACUGUCUUCUCAGGUGGGUGGGGCCAAACAGGAGUUACGCUGCACCAUGGCUGUGAUGUCAUCAUCUGUUUGUAUGACUCCUGUAAGUUUUAACAUGGAGAAAACAUUGGGCAUAAUGUUACUUAAUAUUUGCUGCUAUUACCUGCUGUAAUGUUUUUUGCAUAUUUGGCUACAAAGUUUUAAUUGACUGUGGUUAAUUCUGUUGAGUUGGUUAUUUUGAUAUGAAGUUUAUGUACACAUUUUAAUUAUCUUCACUGGUGUAAUUUUAACAGCUUGUAUUGGUCAGUAAUGUAAUAGUUGUGUGUGAUGAUGAUUUGGUUGAUUUGCUGAAGAUGACCUGAACACACCUGUACACUUGGUUUAAUCCAUAUUUUACUGUUUUUUUUUUUUUUUUUUUUGGUAUAUUUAUUUGUAAAUAUCUAUUCCCUAAACAAGUCAGCACUGGCUUUCUACUGGGAGACAGUGAAAUAAACUUGCAUUUAAAUAAAGUGCUUAUAAAAGUCA